AUGCACGCCUCCCCCGCCGCAUCUCCGCCUGAGAAGGCUCCUUCCGACGAUCAAAGCGCGUCGUGGAAUCCCGCGCUGCGCCCAGACUCCGCUCACGCCCCUGCGCCUCUCUCCACCACCACCCACGACAACACCGAGAUCGACUCCAGCGCGCAGAUGGCCGACGUCGACGCUCCCUUCGACUCCCCGCCGCCGCGGACCUCCGAAGACCGCCAUCCCUUGAACGACGACGAGCGCCCGCGCUUUGUCUUCGACGAGGAGGAGGACGAGUUCGACGCCUGGCACAAUGACGACGAUGGCCAUCUCGACCUCGGCCACGAUGACGCUGGUGCCAGGACUCCCCUGGCCACCGAGCGUUCUGCCACCCCGCAGCCGCCUGCUCCAAGUGCCUCUGUUGCAGAGCCUCACGAGUCUCACGACCCUUACGACACCGAAUCGAACGUAGCCGAAGCGACCGCCGUACCGCCCAUUGAGCAGACUCCAUCCGCGUCCGAGCCCACAAUAGAAACAGCCCCCGUCGAGCAUCCCGCAUCACCACAAGAAACCGCAAUCGAGUCUACGCCCAUUGAGCAGAGUGCACCUGAACUGGAACCUGCGGCGGAACCCGCACCUGCCGAGCAGGCCGAGCACACCGAGCAGACCGAGCAGACCGAGCCUGAAACAGCGCCUACAAUAGAUCCCACGUCUUCCGAGCAGACUGCGGCUGAAGCAGAGCUUGCUCCGACACCCGCAGAAGAGGCCCAACCCACGCCGACGAUAGAGCACGAACAGCCCGACAUCGAGACAAUAGACACCGAAGCGCUGCAUGAGACAAAUCCUCCCGCAGAGACACCAGCGGAGCACUCUCAGGAACAGAACUAUGAGCAUCAAGGCGAGACCACAACGCUGGAAGAGGCUGUGCAGGAGAGCGCUCAAGUGCCAUUGGCAAACGACGCCGGCACUCCCGCCUUGGAAUGGGGCGCAUCGGACAGCGCCUUUGAUUUGGGAUCAUCAGAACCUGCUGCUGCCGCGGAAACACCGCAGGAACCAGCGCCUGAAUUCGUGAAUGAACAUACUGCUGAAGCGGAGCCGGAGCCCGAACAUGCCGCCAACGUGGAUUGGGGAGAUGUGGAAGAUGAUGCUUUUGACCUGGGUGGCCAGGAAUCUGCGCAACCUGCAGAUGCACCGCAAGUUGAGCAGGACUCAAGCAGCCAUCAAGUACCCACUGCCGUGGACUUGGAUUGGGGAACAGCUGCCGACGAUGACUUUAGCUUUGGUGCCCAACAAACGACCGCACACGAAGAACCACAGUCAUUCCCGGAACCUCAACCCGCACCGCAGACAGAGGCAGAACUCGACAUCACACAUCCACAGCAACCGCUGUCCGAAGAGCCGAAUGCUGCAGCGACAUUGGACUGGGGUGAGGCCGCGAAUGCCGAUUUUGACCUGGAAACAACGACAGCUGCACCCGUGCAAGAAGCUCCGGCAGUGGAGUCGAAGGCGGAGGCAGCACCGCCGGCAGAACAGCCUUCCGGAGGCCCGGAUCUGGAUUGGGGUACAUCCGCAGACGAUGAUUUUGGCUUCAGCGCGGUUACACAGGAAAACCACACGUCGCAGCCUACGGAGCUUACGGAGCCGAAAAAUGAAGGGACUGAUAAGAAUGAAGAGGCGGACCUGAGCGCAAUGUGGGCUGAAGCUUUGGCGGACGACGACCUUCUUGAUGAACCCUCGGCCACCGAGCCCUCCGCAACCGAACCCUCAGUUGAUCCGUCUGCUUUCUUCCUCGAUGAUGAUGAAGGGUUCCUGGACGACACUCUCCCUGCUCAGAAUGGCACCGCCGCUGCACCGACACCGCCUGCGCCUGCGAACAAAUACGCUCCAGCAGCAGCGCAGGCACCUCUGCCAGCCGCUCCGAAGAACCCAUACGCUCCGCAAGGAUUGCAGACGACCAACGCCUCUCAACCUGUUCCCGCUCCCGUGCAGACUUCGCCUUACGCUGCGUUGAGCCAGCCAUACCAGCAACCUCAAAGACCUGCCAUGUCAAGCUCUGCGCAGAGUUUUGCGGCCAAGGGAAAGGGUGGCUACUCCUCUCCUUACGAUCUUCCGGAUGACCUCGCGAAGCAGCCCCCAAGGAAAAAGAUUGUCCACGCACCGACUAUACCAGCUCCGCAGUCUAGGGCGCCCCCACCGACGUCCUCUGGCAUGUACUCUAAUGCGUCGUCUCCAUCUCUGCCACCGCCUACGUCGACUUUUCCCCCAUCCCCCAUGCCUGUUCAGUCCCCAAUGACGCCUUCCGGUGGUUUCCCGGGCCAUCCUGCUUCGAAAACGCCGAGUCUUUCCUCAAAGCCAAGCACCGGCGAUUUCUUCGAAGACCUACCAAUCGUGGCGAAACCCCGUCCAGCUGGCAGAUAUACCCCGCAGAUCAAGGGCCCAACCCCUUCUCCACCUCCGAUGGCAGGUCCACCUCCCAGGCAAAGUUCUCAAACCUAUGGGCCUCCUCCAAUUGUUCCCCCUCCCGUUGGAGCACAGCCGCAAAUGCCAGGAUCGCAGUCUUCUCAAGCGUCUCAAGCAUAUGCGCCUUCGGUUGUUCCCCCUCCUGCGGGAGCGCAACCGCAAAGACCAGGUUCACAGCCUCCCCACGCAUCUCAAGCAUAUGCACCACCGCCACAGCCCCAGAGGUCGUCCUCUCACACAUACGCGCCCCCAGUAGCGGCACCGGCACCCCCUCAAAGGUCAUCCUCUCACACAUACGCGCCCCCAGCGGUUGCGCAGUUGCAGGAACCUCAACGCCUCAAUCCCUUCCCAGAUCUGCCCCCAACUUCGCAGCCUGUACAAGGAUUGGGUGUGACAUCGGCCCCGCCUGCUGCCGCCUCUCGCUACUCGCCUGCACCACCGGCUGCAGCUGCAGCUACUUCCCGGUACUCUCCUGCGCCGCCGGCUGCCCCAGCGUCUUCUCGGUACUCUCCAGCAUCUCCGGCAGUCCCGUCACCAGCGUCGCAUAAUCGAUACAGCGCCGAGCUUGCUGGGCCUCCUAAAGGUCCGGCGCUACCGUUUGCCCCACGAACUUCGAGUCCGCUAGCAUACCACAGCACUCCAGAUCAUGGUAUCCCAAGACCCUCGUCUUCUGGCAGCCGCCGAGCUUCUCUACAGCCAAGUGUGGCUUCCGGAGACGAGCCGCUCGGAGGCCAUGGCAGGUCUAGCCUGGAGCUUGUGCGAGAAAUUCCUGAGAACGAGCAGAAGCCGGCCACUCCACCGCCACCGAGAAGUAUCCCUGGAUCUGCAGUCGCUUCCCCUGCUAGGAGAACAACUGCCAACUACACGCCGCAAUAUCAGCAAAUUGUUUCUCCCCCGGGACAAAGUGGAGUCGCACCACCCCGCCGCGCUCAGUCGCAGUCUCCCGGUGCAACUAUGAAGGGUCCUUUGCUGUCGAUGGCUCCAAUUGAGCGGCCUGCGUCUACGAAUGGGGUGACGCCUCCAAGUGCUAAUGCAUCGCCGUACACUCCUUUCGCCGCCGCUGCCCCGACUUCUCAACCCGCCGCAGUUCCCACCUCCGAGCCUGCUUCUAUGUUGCCUCAGCAACGCCCCCGCCGCCCAACCCUCAGCGAGUUAAGUUACGUGAAGCCCACGGAUGAAACCGUGAACGACCCGCUGGAAAGGUGGAAAGGUGCCCCCAUCUUCAAAUGGGGCAUUGGUGGGACUAUCUUGACAAGUUUCCCUCAGAAGAUCACUCGCUAUGGAACCGGUAGCGUUAUGCCUCUGAUCAAGUGCACUCCGGGCGAAGUGCAGCUGCAAAAGGCAAAGGAGAUUUGCCCCCUUUGGGAUCCCAUUGCGAAAUUCCCUGGCCCACUCAAGACCAAGAGCCAGAAGAAGCAAGCUCUUAGUUGGUUGCACCAGAGCAUUGAGACGAUGGAGAAAGACUAUCAGAGCAAGAUCUUCAACGGGGAACUCCCUGCCGAGGCCAGGAUUCGAUUUGAGGAGAAGAUUCUUCUAUGGAAGGUCUUGGAGGUAUUCGUCGAGCAUGAUGGCCACUUGGAGGGGUCUGACGUUAUCAAUCAAGCCGUCCAGAAAAUACUUGCGAACGGCCAAGACGAAGAGCCUCAACUCUCGAGCCCGGUGGACAUUAUGGGCUCUUCAGCAACGACUGGCUCUGUCAACACUGCCGAGCCCAUUGAUCCGAAGUCUGUUGAACAGCUGCGUGCUCAUCUUCUCAAAGGCAAUCGCGAGAAGGCUGUCUGGGACGCUGCUGACAAGAGGCUUUGGGGCCAUGCAAUGCUGAUCGCCUCGACAAUGAACAAGGACAUCUGGAAGCAAGUGGCUCAGGAGUUCGUCCGCCAGGAAGUCCGCAAGGUGGCUGGUGACAACCAAUCUUUAGCUGCACUCUACGAAGUUUUUGCUGGCAAUUGGGAGGAGAGUAUCGACGAGCUUGUACCAGCUUCGGCCCGUGCUGGUUUCCAGAUGGUCAGCAAGACCGAUCGGUCUGGUGCCAACACGAACGUCUUCGCAGGCUUGGAUCGCUGGCGAGAGACUCUCGUGCUUGUUGUCAACAACAGAAGCGAUGGUGAUCCACAGGCACUGCUGACUUUGGGCAAACUUCUCGCAGGAUACGGCCGUGUCGAGGCGGCCCACAUUUGCUAUCUCUUUGCUCGCUCUGCUGUCAUCCUAGGCGGCGCAGAUGAUCUCUCGGCACACGUUGUUCUCAUCGGCGCGGACCAGGUCAACCAGCGAUCGGACAUCGGCCGGGACAUCGAACCCAUCCUCUUGACUGAGAUCUUUGAAUAUGCCGUGUCACUUUCGGCGCCCACAGCACCCCCGGCCAUUCCUCAUCUGCAGGCCUACAAGCUUGCUCAUGCUUUCGCACUGUCUGAGUAUGGCUACAGAACGGAGGCUCAAGCCUACUGCGAUGCAAUCACGACUGCGAUGAAGUCGACCACUCGCUCCUCGCCGUACUACAACGCUUCCCUCGUCCAGGAACUUGACGACCUCAUCAAGCGCCUCUCGGAAGCGCCGAAGGACUCGUCGUCUUGGAUCUCGAAGCCAACCAUGGGCAAGGUGUCGAGCACUGUUUGGUCUAGCUUCAACAAGUUUGUGGCCGGUGAAGAGGAUGACGCGGAGUCGACAGGGCCUGGAGGCACCGACACGAGCCCCUUCGCCAAGGUCUCUGGAGACACUCCGAGCGUGAGCAGAUCUCCUUCCACUGUCGACAUGUAUGGAACAUAUUCGGGUGGUAGUGCCCCCUAUGCGCCAUCCAGCUCUGUCGCUGGCUCCCGAUAUGCUCCUUCGGCUGGUGGAUACGCUCCUCGGACUUCUGGCGAGCAGCCACGUUCUCGCUACGACCCAGUGGGGCAGUCGCCAUACCAACCACACCGACCUGCAGCUGAGUCUGGAGAGCGACACGAGAUGCCUAUGGAUGCUUUGUUCGCGCAUCAAGGAACGCCGCCGUCGUCGUACAACCCUCCCACGACGCAGUACGCGCAGCAACCAAAGGUCCAGAGCCCAUAUGCUCCAUCCAACGGAUCGGUGCCUGCUGGAUCACCUUUCAACCCCUUGGGGAGCCCGUACACACCAACGACGUCUGGCUUCCAGUCUCUUGGUGCGUCGGUGGACGGAAAAGCCACAAGUAGCUAUGAACCUCCGAGCAGCAACUUUGGACCUCCUCUAAACUCUCAAGAAGCCCCUUCAAACUCUUACGAUCCGCCAACAAGCUCGUACGAGCCGCCUUCGUACCAACCCUACGAGCCUGAGCCCGAGGCUGAAGAAGAAGCGAAGGAGGAAAAGGCCAAGAAGAAGUCGUUCAUGGAUGACGAUGACGACGACGAGAUCGAGCGUCGUGCUGCAGCUGUCAAGGCGCAGCAAAAGGCAGAAGCCGACCGGAUAGCUGACGAGGCUUUCCGCAAGGCGGCCGAAGCAGAUGCCGCCAAACCCGCCGGACCGAAGAAGACGGGCUCCUGGCUCGGCGGCUGGUUCAAACGCUCCGACAACGGCGGCGGCGGCGGCAUGGGCGACGCCGGCCAGGGCGGCAACAAGCCCAUCCGCGCCAAGCUCGGCGAGGAGAACUCGUUCUACUACGACCCGGACCUCAAGAAAUGGGUCAACAAGAAGGCGGGGCCCGCCGACCACUCCAAACCCGCCGCCACGCCGCCCCCGCCCAAGGGCGGCCCCCCGCUCCGGCCCUCGGCCUCGAUGGCAAACCUCGCGGGCCCGCCGCCGUCGGCCAAGGCCGCCGGCCUCACGCCUCCCGGCCCGCCCGCCGGCCCGCUCCGCAGCACGAGCAUGCCGCCGCCGAUGGCGGCGAGCGCGCCUGGCUCGGGCGCGGCGACGCCGGUCCGCUCGGGCUCGCCUGCCGUCGGUGGUGGUGGUGGCCCGCCCGGUGGUGCCGGCGGACCGCCCAGUCGGCCGGCGACGAGCAUGAGCAACGCGAGCAGCAUCGACGAUUUGAUCGGGGUGCCGGCGCCGAGGAAGGGGCCGGCGGCGAAGAAGAAGGGGCGCGGGGCGGGGAGGUAUGUCGAUGUCAUGGCGAAGUAG